AUGCUGAGAGCGUUGGUGAAUCAGCGGCUAACUGCAGCCGUUUUGGAAACAUCAGUUGCGUUGGAAAGAACGAUAGCAGAGUACCAGGAGGAACUUUCUCGAACAAAAGAGCAGAACGAGCGACAACGUCGAUUCCUCGACGCUGUUUUCAAGAUCCCUCAAGUUGUGUUACACACAGCAGAUGUCAGCAAAGAACACCCUCCCCCUGAGCAGCAGGACUGGAGCUUCAGGAUGGAACAGGAGGAGCCACAGCCCCCCCACAUUAAAGAGGAAGAGGAGGGGCCACAGGCUCCUCACAUUAAAGAGGAAGACAAGGAGCCACCACCCCCCUACAUUAAAGAGGAAAAUGAGGAGCCACAGCCCGCCUUCAUUAAGGAGGAAGAGGAGGAUCACCGCAUCAGUCAGGAGGAACAGCAUCUUGAAGGAUUGGAGGAGUUCCCAGUGAUUGGUGCUCCUGUGAAGAGUGAAGAUGGUGAAGACAAAGUUGAAAGCAGUCAGUAA